CACUCGGAAGUCUGUAUUCGGUACUCAGUAGUCGUGUGACGUGUACACGUGACACAGCACACACUCUACCGAUUUACCGCGUUGUGGUAAAUGAUAUUUGUGUUACACGCACACUCCGACUUGGCCCGUAUCCCGUUACGGACGGUCGUCGCCACGGCACCGGUGGGUGGGAAUUAUCGACACAGUCUUGUCAGUUGUCGCUUGACGAGCCCACUCCCCUACCCCAUGUGUUCCCUUUAGAUUAAAAUAUCUAAAAACUAUUCUAAAAUCCACACGUUCAAGUACCUACUCGGGUACUCAACUUUGACGCCGCCGAGACGGCACACCUGUUGUUGCUGUAACCGAGUGCUGACUAGUCGUAAUAGUCGUAUAUAUAGUAGUAGUAUAAAGAGAGAAUAAAGUGGUCGUCGCCGUAGUCGUGUAAUUUUGGUACUUAUUCUGUUUACGUCGAACAGGUACAGACUACUGCAGAAGUCGACCGGUACGUAUACCAAGUGUUUUACCCUGUUCCCGUCUCCCACCACAACAUUACAACAACCCGUUUCCGAAAACACGACGUAGUGUUGUGUAGGUUAUAACUUCUAACAAAAAUGGAUUGGGAAUCAUUUUAUGACACUCACCCUUCUCCUUCAAACUAUGAAUCUACUAUAACCACUGUAGAAAAUUUUGUAUGCAGCCAUGAAAACAAAAAAAUGGUUUUGAUAACUUCUGGAGGAACUACAGUCCCGAUUGAACAAAAUACUGUCCGUUUCGUUGACAAUUUUAGUCUAGGAACUAGAGGUUCUGCUUCUGCUGAAUAUUUUCUUGAUGCUGGAUAUGUUGUUAUAUUUCUUUAUCGUUCCAAUUCAUUGGAGCCAUUUGUUCGCCAUUUCAAUAAUUCAUUAUUGGAUAAAUUGGAGAUUGUAGAUGAUAAAUUAAUACAAGUGAAACAAAGUGAACUUGAUACGCUCUUUCCAAUACUGAAGAAGUACAAAGACGCUAAAAAUGAUAACAGAAUCCUAACAGUUCCUUUCACUACACUAAUAGAGUAUAUGUGGUUGUUGAGAGGUUCUUGCAUGCUUAUGGAUACCAAGUAUUCUUUACUCUAUUUAGCUGCUGCUGUUUCAGACUUUUACAUACCGCCCAAUGAAAUGGCUCAACAUAAAGUUCAAUCCAAUGACGGACCUCCAGUGAUUGCUUUACGACUGGUACCUAAAGUUUUAUACGCUGUUACUCAUAUUUGGGCUCCAAAUGCAUACAUAAUUUCAUUCAAAUUAGAGACUGAUAGUGGGAUUUUAGAGCAGAAAGCCAAAGGGGCUCUUAUUAAAUACAAGCAUCAACUUGUUAUUGGGAACUUACUACACACAAGGAAACAUAAUGUCAAGUUAAUAGCUCAAGAUGGUGUAGUUGAAGAUAUUUUAUUGACUGAGACAGAUAUCAAAAAAGGAGUCGAGAUUGAAGAUUUAAUAGUAUCAAAUGUCAAAGCAAAACAUGACCAAUUCUUUGAAAGCCAAAAUUAAUGAACAAAUAAAUGUUUUAUCAAAAUUACAGUGUUUCAGCAAUUAGAGAUAUGCUCUUUUUAUAUUUUUUUUUUGAUUGAAAAAUAUUUAUUGUAUUACAGUGUUUUUCAAACUUUUCAAGUUAAGAUAUCCCAAGUUUUAGUAUCGAGUCUUGCAACUUUUAAAUCUUAAAGCAUUUUUAAUUUAUUCAUUUAUGUAAUCAAUAAAAACUGUUUUUUUAGUUAUUAUUUAGUUUUCCCUGGGUUGUUUUAUGGGAACUGUGUUUGGGAUACUCCUACACAGUUUCCAUUAUUAACGAUAUGAGUUUGUCCUGAACGGGGUUUAGCAGCUCUCAUUAUAAUCUAUACAUAUAUAUAUAUAUUUUAUUCUUCAACAUAUAUUUAAUUUAUUAUAAUAACAUUAUUAUAAAAAAAUAGUUCUGCCACUUAUUUUCCUUGGAUAGUUUGCUUUCCAUCGUCAGUGUCUAGCACCAAAUCUCAUGACCCACUAAAAGACUAUGUAACAAACUGUAAUAUCAUCAAAGCUUUUAGAUUAUAUGUUAUCUUGACUCUACUCAGAAUGUGGUUAUUGUUUUGUUUCUAUUUUUAAAAACAAUUUAGAUUGUCCCAUCUGUAUUAGAAAAAUUAUCAGAUUGAAAAACUCUAGGUACUAAUGUACUAUGAUAAUUCUGAAAUUUCAUAGUUGUUUAUUUGUUUGAAAGUUCAGACACAAGGUGGGAUUCUGUGGUUUUCUGGUUUCCUAUAAAGCCAACUUAAAAAAACACAUGGUGGUGAAUCUAGUUGUACAUUGAGGACUUUUUGGUUGGUUAUUAAUACAUUUUUAUUUUCAACUGUUGAAACAAAAUCUGUGGUGUUUAUUAGUCUUAUGUAAGCUAUUUGUUUUUUUGAUGUGUCUCAAAAAAAUUUUCUGGUAUUAUUAUUACUUAAUAAAAUUAUAAGGAUUGUACUUAUUUAUUCAAAUGGAUUUAAAUGUAUUUUCGAUUAAUUAUAUUAUUAUCUUAUAAAAUUGACAUUAAUAUUAUGUAUUGUUUAUCUAUGUACAAUAGUUAAACAACAAACCUAACCUUUACCUUUGUAUUACUUUUAUUUCAUGCUGGUAACUUGUUAAUAAGAUAAUAUGCUUAUACCGUGUUGAAUAAAAAUUGAUUAAAUUUAAUGGACCA